AUGGGUAUGGAUAUGGAUAUGUUCACCCUCUUCUCGGACGAGAAGUAUUCCUGUCUCGAUUACCAUGAUGUCGACGGGCUUGAUGACGCAGAGAAGCGAGAGAUUAUGGAAGUCAUGAAUGAUGCUAUCUACCACUUCCUCAAAGCUGCCGGCUAUAUCCAUAUAAACCAAGAGAAGGAUACCCUGCUGAGAGCCCGACUCUGGGAGUGGGCUGAAGCAGAACUUACAAGUGCCACGGGACAUGACAUCAACUCUCUAGAGCCGAUUCUCGAGCAAGGCGUCACCGUUUCGGAGUAUUACUAUCCAUUUGCAUCUCACGAGCUCAGGCUGUGCAUGGCCCAGGGAACGACUUUAGCCCUGAGUGCAGAUGAUUUUUUCUUGCCGCCAGCUGCUCGGGAAGAGCUACCAUAUUUGCAAUGCCGCAUAUGGCAGGGUCUCCCUCCCGGGCACGAAUGGUGCGGUAUGUUCGUGGAUAUGAUCAAGGAUUUCACGGAGCUCUACGGGGCUCAAGACCCUCUCAUCGGGACCCUGGGAGCUACCGGAUGGGCAAACUAUAUUGACGGAUGGUGUCUGGAAAGCCGCCUUUCCUACUUCUCCCCGAGAUCAAACGGGAAGGAGAAUAUUGCUAGCGACCCAUGUCUUGUCGAAGGGUUUCCAUCCUACAUUCGGGGAAUCACCGGUGCUCCCUGGCCCUAUGCGGUGGCCAUCUUCAAACCCACGCGCGGGAUCGAAGUUCCUUAUCGCCUCUGGCUGCCUUAUGUGCCAGUUGUGAUCGCCACCAUCAAUUUCAUCAACGAUAUUCUUUCCUUCCCAAAGGAAGUAUUGAAGGGUGACCUGUCGAACUACGUCUCCCUCACCACCAGGACGAGGCGUGCAAUGAGAUGUCCAUCUCGCUUCCGUGGCGAUGGAAGUCUUUGGACUGUCAGAGACACGCUAUGCGAUACAUACGAGAAGUGUCUCAAUAACAUCCAUUCUUUGGACCGAGCCUUUAUCGUCGGUUCUGCAGACCUUGCAGGAAAUGGAGGAACCACCCCGACACGAGAGUUUCUCGAUACAAUGCUAGCUGCAACGCUUUGGGCGAGUUUCAAGCAAGGAUAUACGGCGUGGCAUUUGAAUUGUGGUCGUUAUUACUUACAGUCCGUCCGACAUCGUUUGGAAGCGGUAAGCGGGAAACCGCAGCAUACGACCAAUGGAAAUGGAGUCUAG